AUGACCGAACCGAAGCCAGGAAGCUCAGAGACACCCGGCCGCCUGAUAUCUCAUUUUCAGAAGAGAGACCAGAAAAAUCUGUCGGACCAGAACGCAGGCUGGUCGGAGCUAUGGGACACGGACCAAAGCGACCUCUGGGACCGAGGAAAGCCCUCGCCUGCCCUUGUCGAUUUCGUCGAACAGCAACUUCACCAGGUCCUGCCGCAGAAACCUGAUGGACGGCGUUUGACAGCGCUGGUACCAGGAUGCGGACGGGGGUAUGACGUUGUCAUGCUCGCCCUACAUUCCUUCGAUGCUUAUGGCCUUGAAGUUUCCAGGGCCGCUGUGUCUGCCGGGAAUACAUACGCAAAUGCCGAGACGGCAAAUCCAUCAGCACAAAACUUCUCAGACCCAGAGAAGCGACCUUCCUUCGAGCCGGGCAAUGUCAAGUUUAUCGUUGGCGACUUUUUCAAGUCGGAUUGGGUGAGAGAAUGUCAGCACGACCAAAGUACGUUUGAUGGGUUUGACUUGAUCUAUGACUAUACGUUCUUAUGUGCAAUCCCGCCUAACAUGCGACAAGCCUGGGCGCAACGGAUGCAGGAGCUGUUAUCACCCAUGGGGAUCUUGAUCUGCUUGGAGUUUCCAUUGUACAAAGAUCUCGAUUUUGUAGGGCCACCUUGGGGACUCAAAGAUGUCUACUGGAAUUUGCUUGCCGAGGGUGGAACCGGGAUUCUGCGUAAUUCCGACUCAACUGGUGAAGAAAAGUCCACACAACAAGGCCCGUGCAAGAGAUUGCUUUAUUUUAAACCAGAACGGUCGUAUGAGCAAGGUCGGGGAACAGACAUGAUCAGCGCCUGGAGGAUCUCUUAG